AUGGAUACAUCUAUAUCUUUUAAUGACAGCGAAGUCAAAGACGGCCAUUUGCUCGUUUUGCAAUCCUUGGACGCAGCUUACAAUAAAUCCGUGCAGAGCACCAACAUACUUUUCAAGGACGAAGCUGCACGUCGACUACGGUUACGCAUAUUACUACUGGAAAAGGAGAAUGAUGAGCUGCGAGAACAGCUGAUCUUGAAAGAUGAUCAUAUGCACACACUCGAAGGCACAAAUGACGAAUUACGGGUCCAAAUUGACAGCGGAAAAGAAGCGGGAGAGAGACGAGACGUUGACUUCAAAGCCCAGGCUCGCGAGCUACAAAAUUUGAGAGCCGAGGUUUCUUCGAUGAACAGCGUUGCAAAGGAGAACACCAAAUUGCUUACCGAAAAGCUGUCCCUUGAUCGCGAGCUUGCUGCAUUGAAACCCGAGGUUGAGCAUCUCAAGUCGCAAGCUAUACACCAGCAAAACGUGUUAUCGGAAAAAUUGGCUUUGCAGCGCCAGAUUAUUACGCUGGAAGUAGAGUUGGAGACCGAAAAGCGUGCAGCUCAACGAACAGCUCGCCGAAAUGCAGACGCUGGGAAGGAUGCAGAAUACGAGUCACGCCUGAAUCGACUCAAGAAAGAUCAUGCGAAAGAAAGAAAGGAGGCUGCUAGGAGCCAAACCGAUUCCGAAAAUGAAUCUAAGCUCCAGUUAGAAGAUGUCAUGAAACAGUUGUCGCAAGAGAAGCAACAAGCGGCAAAGGUGGCCAAAGAAUAUGAAAAGGAGUUGAAGCAAUCGCAGUUGCGUUAUAUGCAUGCAGAACAAAAGAUAGGGGAAAUGUUGGAGACGGCUAAAUCCACCGACAGGUCUGGAUUGGACGCCGUGGAUUUUAAAGCACGCUAUAAAGCACUGGAGGACAAGCUCGAGCGGAUGAAUGAAGCAAACAAAGUCACUAAAGAGCUUGGGAAGAAGGUUCAGGCAUGUGACGUUCGUAACGCCAGUCUGGAAGACAAGCUGGACCAGAUGCGAACGAGGCUGCGUAGUAUGAAGGAUCAACUCAAGCACGCACAGGAGGAAGCGAAUCGAUUACGCGCAAAACCUCAAGACGAGGAAGAACCUAGGACCAGUCUGCCGACUAUGAAGCAAUCACGAAAGAGAGCUGCAUCCGAAAUUUUCACUGAAAACAAUGUCGGCACCCCCGAGAGAGUGCCUCGAGCCAAACGACUUGCCACCUAUAAAGGACGACCUGACCAGGUGUUGGUGGGCGAGAAAUCUAUGUUCUCUAUCACUCCCUUUCUGAAUCGCACCAUCAAUAUGGCCUCGGAUGAGUUUGCUGUUAAGGAAAACGAGAACCAGCCCGAGUUCACCGACAUCAAGGGCCCAAAAAGCAGAUCACCUACCCAACAUGCCGCUAUGGAUCCAAUUCGGACCAGUCCGUUAAAUGAGAACAUCAAGGACACGCACACCAGAGAGAAAAAGGUUCUCGCAGAAACAAAAUCAAUUACUAAGAAUGGGAAAAUACGGCAUGCAAAAGUUCAUUCGUCCAGCAAAUUAGAGGAUGUGACGGAGGAGGGAGAUGAGAAUGAACAAGAAGGCGAGGCAGAAGAGAAAUCUAUUGAUGGGAAGCAACUUAUGCGAGAGACUUCACCAGUAAACACAAAGGCAGCGAACUCGAGAAAUGUCCUUGGUAACCAGAAGCAUCCUGUUGACGUGGGGCCGAGGAUAAAAAAAAGAAAACUCCUAGGGGGAACCCUAUUUGACGAAGAGGAUGGCGAGUCAACGAGGAAGGUAAAGAGUUCACUAGGGGCUAACAAAUCAAGUGGCAAGGGACUUCUCAGUAGCAAGCUCAAGAGUAGGUUAGCACCAGCUACAGCCUUUGGUGGAUUUUCGCCCCUUAAGAAAGAUCGUAGGGGCGCAGGAGCUAGCUUUUUGGUCUGA